UUCUGCAGCUGGCACCCUCACUCAGUGAGUACCCACUGUCCCAUCCCACCCAAGCUUGAUAUCUAACCAAUUACCAUCAUCAGAGCCAUCCACUGAAUGGUGACCUGCGUAAAAGUGUGAGUUGAUUGAGAGGCAAUCAUUUAUUCAACUUCGCAUUUCUCUCGCAUCCACUGAACCAAGAUUCCUAUUCCAAAAUGACCGCUCCUACUUCUUCCAGCCUGUGGCUGGCUCCAAACCCCAGCAAAAGAUGGGGCGAACUCUUCUUCCUUCUCUACACCCCCUUCUGGCUCACCCUUUGUCUCGGCAUUGUUAUUCCCUUCAAUCUUUACGAGAAAUUCACAGAGCUGGAGUAUUUGCUCAUCGGAUUGGUCUCGGCUGUUCCUGCUUUCGUCGUUCCAUUGCUGCUCGUUGGAAAGGUUGACAGAAGCAUUUCUUGGAAGGAUCGUUAUUGGGUCAAGGCCAGUCUCUGGAUAAUAAUCUUCAGUUAUGUUGGGAAUUAUUUCUGGACACAUUACUUUUUUACAGUUCUUGGUGCAUCUUAUACCUUUCCAUCAUGGAAAAUGAACAAUGUACCACACACAACAUUCCUGCUCACUCAUGUUUGCUUCCUGUUUUACCAUGUUUCAUCGAACAUGACACUGCGUCGAUUGCGGCAUUUUAUUGCUGAUUUGCCAGAAAAACUUAAAUGGGCUACUGAAGCUGCAUGGAUUCUUGCUCUUGCUUAUUUUAUCGCAUACCUGGAGACACUGGCUAUUUCCAAUUUCCCUUAUUAUCAAUUCGUGGAUCGCGACUCUAUGUAUAAAGUUGGAUCUUUGUUUUAUGCCAUCUACUUUAUUGUGAGCUUCCCAAUGUUUUUAAGGAUAGAUGAGAAACCUGGCGAUAAAUGGGACUUGCCUAGAGUGGCUGUUGAUGCUUUGGGAGCUGCAAUGCUGGUCACAAUAAUACUUGAUUUGUGGCGCAUCUUUCUGGGACCUAUUGUUCCGAUAGCAGACACAAAACAGUGUCCUCAAGUAGGAUUACCCUGGUUUACAGGACAUGCCAAUCUCACAUGAGAGGUAUGUGACGAAUUGUGGUUUUCAUUACACACCAAUGCAAUCUAAACAUGCAGAUUGUUAUGUGGAGAAUCUGCAGAAGAACCCAAACUUGGACAAUCUUUGUACUAGUGCUGACACUACCAAAUUCCUGAUAAGAUCAAUAGUGUUUGUAGUGCUUUCAUGUUGCCUUAGGCUGUAGACAAGGCAGGUGACUUGAUAGUGUUUAUUGAGAUUAAUGACAACCGAGUUCCUUUGUCCCUAUCCUUUUUUUUAGUAGUAGUAGUAGUGUCAUGUACUCAAGUUUGUUAUUUUUAUUUUAUUUUAAAGUUGGUUGGAAUAUAUAAGAUUGGGUGUUGCUAUGUUCGGUAUAAAUGUGAUCUUGCAGGAUAUACUGUAUUCAUUGCGGGUAUGGAGAUUCAUGUCAUUGAAAAAGAUA